GUGGCUUUGUAUGGGGAUCGUCUCUUCAGGAAUCUGUGAAGUUUACAGAUCACUCUGCACACAUAGUGCUACUGAAACUCAAUGGAGGACUUCACUCGCCUGGGUUACUGCAUUGUGGCUGGCAGCUUCGUAGUCUUCCAGUUCUCCUUUUCCGCCCUCAGCCCCCAGCUGUCCUUGUCCUUGAGCCCCAGCUACUCCAGCCUUCCUUCGGUCAAGCAGAGUGAAUGGAAUUCCAGAUGUGUGUCUACUCUCCAUGCGGUGAUAGUCGGCCUCUUCUGCCUCUACAUCCUUUGGUAUGAUGAUGCUAUAAAUGCCAACCCCAUCUGGGGAGAUCCUUGGUUGGUCAAACUGAAUGUAGCUGUCACUUGUGGCUAUCUGCUCUAUGAUCUGUUGCUGCUAGUGCGCUACUGGAAGACAUUGGGGGAUUCUCUUUUCGUUUGCCACCACUUGGUGGCACUAUAUGCUUAUGGAUAUGUAUUGAGUCGUGGGGUGCUUCCCUAUUUUGCCAACUUCCGUCUCCUUUCGGAAUUCUCUACACCCUUUGUGAAUUUGCGGUGGUUCCUGGAUGCAGCUGGCUGGCCACGUACUUCAAGGCUUGUUUUGGCCAAUGGCUUAGCAAUGACUGUAGUGUUCUUUAUGGUGCGCAUUGCUGUCAUCCCCAGCUAUUAUAUGCAGGUGUACUCUUGGUAUGGAACUCCUGAAUAUGAGCGUUUGGGCCUGGGUGUACAACUGGCCUGGAUUGGGCCAAGCAUUGCCUUGGAAAUGCUCAAUUUGGUCUGGAUGUACCGCAUUGUCCGUGGCUUCUACCGAGCUUUAUACCGGUCUAAGACCUACAAGGCAGCAUGAAGAAAGA